AUGACCUUGGAAACCUACAUCCGGAGGAAGGUGGAGUGCGAGUCUUGCCAUUUAAGGCACUACGCCCCCCGGAUUUUCAAGUGGAACUUCAAGUACAACAAGUUUUUCGGGCACCACGGCCAGUACAACUACGAGCUGCAGUCCUUGAGUGACACGCUGCAAAAAAAGCCCUUCGAGUUACCGUUUUCCGAAGUGGCGUUCGAGAAGCUGGUGAAAAUUAUCG